AAUUUUAUGCAAAACCAUAAAAAGUCCCACAAAAUCCACCCCGGGAUCCAAAGAAAUCCUGGCAACACCCAAAAAACCCCACAAAACCCCCCCCAAAUUGCACAAACAUCCACAAGAAACCCCAAAAACUUACGUAAAAAACCUAGACCUCAAAGAAUCCCACUAAAUGCUUCACAAUUCCAAAAAAGCCACGCAAAAUCCCCCAGAAAUUCACGAGAAUCCCAAAACUCGCUACAAAAUCCUAGUAAUUCUCCCCAAAAUGGUAAAAAAAAAAACCCCAAAUAUUUUAAUAAACCCCAAACAACAUCAGAAAAAACACCCCCCUAAAGUGCCAAUAAAACUCCCCAAACCCAAACUGCCCAGAGCGAGCCCGGAGCCCAUCCCGGGCUGGGCCUCAGCUCGGCCCUUGGGGGCAUUUUGGGCCAGCCUGGGCAGGGUUAGGGUGGGCUCAGAUCCCUGGCAGGGACUCCCAGCUGUUCAGGUCCCUUUGGCUGAUUUUGGGCCAAAUCUGGUGGGGUUUAGGCCAGUUUUGAUAAUUUUAGAAUAAACUGGGCAGUUUUACAAUGGAUUUUAGAUCCCUUUGGCUGAUUUCAGGCCUCUUUGGUUAAUUUUAGUUUAAGCCAAGCUUCCUGAGGGCGAUCUUAAGUUCCAUUGUGAGCGUUUGAAACCAAUCUUGGUGAUUUUAUGUCUCUGUGGCUGAUUUUAUGUGAAACCAGGUGGGUUUUAGGGUGGAUUUUAAGCUCAUUUGGGUGAUUUUAGUCCAAACUAGGCACAUUCAGGGUGGAUUUGAGCCCAUUUCAGAGAAUUUAAGAGUGGAUUUAGGUCGUUUUGUGUGGGUUGUAAAAUAAUUUGGGCACUUUUGGGUCCAUUUGUCUGAUUUUAGGCCAAACCUGGUGGAUUUUGGCUGCAUUUGAGGCCCUUUUGUGUGAUUUUAAACCAAACCGGGCCCUUUUAGGACCGUGCGUCUCCUUGGCCCGGCCCCUUUCCCCUCACGGUUCCGCCCUUUCCUCGCCCCCUUUCCCCUCAGGGUUCGGCCUUCAGGAAUGGGGAGGAGGAGGAGGGAGGGAGGAAGAGGCCGAGUGGCAGCAGGAAGCAGCUGGAGCAGGGGAGAGGGAACCCUGGAGUGGCCGCAGCCCCAGGAGCAUCGCCCCCAUCCCGCAGGAUUUCCCAUUCCCAACCCCUGGGAGGCUGUGAGGAAGAGGAAGAUGCCCCAGGACACUGAGGCAGAGCAGGAGCUGAGCAUGGAGAGCAAGGAGGACAAAUCCCCACGGCAGAACCUGGUGGAAGAGGCCGUUUUGAGCAGCUCCACUGCGAAGGAACCCAAUGGGGAGGAAAAGCCCCAGAGAUCCCGCACGAGGAGGGGCUGCAAACGCAGAUGGCAGGGAUCUGAGGGGGAAAGAGCCAGCCUGGGCCGGGAAGGCGGCCAGAGAUGGAGCCAGAGCUCGGAGCUGGUGCUCCAUGAGCAGCUCCAUGAUGGGGAGAAGCCCCACACGUGCAUGGAGUGUGGGAAGAGCUUCAGGUGGAACUCCGACCUGAUCAGGCACCAGAGGAUCCACACUGGGGAAUGGCCCUACAAGUGUGGGGAGUGUGGGAAGAGCUUCAGGCAGAGCUCCAGCCUGAUCCUGCACCAGAGGAUCCACACUGGGGAACAACCCUAUGAGUGUGGGGAGUGUGGGAAGAACUUCAGCCUGCAUUCCAACCUGAUUGUCCACCAAAAGAUCCACACCGGGGAGAGGCCCUACGAGUGUGAUCAGUGCAGGAAGAGGUUUCACACGAGCUCUGAUCUCCUCAUGCACCAGCGCACUCACACAGAGGAGAGGCCCUUCCACUGCCCCGACUGCAGGCAGGGCUUCAGGCAGAACUCCCAUCUUGUCAGGCACCGACGCAUCCACACUGGGGAGAGGCCCCACGAGUGUGGGAAAUGUGGGAAGAGCUUCAGGCACAGCUCCAACCUGAUCAGUCACCAGAGGACCCACACUGGGGAGAGGCCCUAUGAGUGUGGGGAGUGUGGGAAGACCUUCAGCCAGAGUUCCACCCUGAUCAGCCACCAAAAGAUCCACACUGGGGAGAGGCCCUACGAGUGUGAUCAAUGCAGGAAGAGGUUUAUGACCAGCUCCCUUCUUCUCCAGCACUAUCAGAUUCACAGAGAGGAGAGGCUCUUCCAAUGCCCUGACUGCGGGAAGGGAUUCAAGUUCAACUCCAUCCUCAUCACCCAGCGGUGCAUCCACACUGGGGAGAGGCCCUACGAGUGUCCCCAGUGUGGGAAGAGCUUCUCCAGCAGCUCUCACUUGACCCGACACCAACGGAGGCACCGGUGAGGGAAGCCCUGCGAGUGCCCCGAGUGCGGGAAGAGCUUCGUGCAGAGCUCCCACCUGAUCCAGCACCAGAUGAUCCACACUGGGGAAUGGGCCUACGAGUGUGGGGAAUGUGGGAAGGGCUUCAGGUACAGCUCAGAACUCGUCAGGCACCAACGCAUCCACACUGGGGAGAGGCCCUACGAGUGUCCUGAGUGUCAGAAAAGGUUUCAGAGCAGCUCUAACCUCCUAUUGCAUGAGCGCAUUCACACGGAUGAGAGGCCCUUCUGCUGCCCUGAGUGCGGGAAGGGCUUCAAGCAAAACUCCCACCUCAUCACCCACCGGUGCAUCCACACUGGGGAGAGGCCCUACGAGCAUCCCCAAUGUGGGAAGAGGUUUCAGACCAGCUCCAAUCUCCUCCUGCAUGAGCGGAUCCACACGGAUGAGAGGCCCUUCCUCUGCCCUGACUGUGGGAAGGGCUUGAACCUCAAUUUCACACUCGCCACCCACCGGUGCAUCCACACUGAGGAGAAGCCCUACGAGUGUCCCCAGUGUGAGAAGAGCUUCACCCAGAGCUCUCACCUGACCAAACACCAAUGGAGGCACGAGUAA